AUGUCUCUCAAAUCCUCUUCCCUUUUUGCUCUUUGUUUCUCCUCCUUUCUUCUCUUCAAUACUGUAAGAGCUUCUAACAUCACCCAAAUCCUCAGCCAGUACCCUGAUUUCAGCACCUUCAGCAGCUAUUUGACACAAACCCAACUUGCUGGUGAAAUCAACAGCCGCCAAACGAUCACGGUUCUAGUGGUGGAAAAUGGGAACAUGUCUCCUCUCUCUGGAAAACCAAACGGUGAGAUCAAGAACGUGUUGAGUGAGCAUGUAAUACUCGAUUACUAUGAUGUAGCAAAGCUGCAAAAAUUACAAAAGAAAACUGCAAUGCUCACCACCCUUUUCCAGUCCAGUGGGCAAGCCAAAGGCCAACAAGGGUUCUUGAAUGUCACAGUUUUGGGUUCUAAUUCAGUUGCCUUUGGAUCAGCAGUUCCAGGAUCCAGCCUUAGUUCAAAUUUGGUUAAGUCUGUUUCCUCUCAACCCUAUAAUAUUUCAGUCUUGCAGGUUAGCAAUAUCAUUGUCCCUGCAGGUACAGGCAAUACAAAUUCCAGCACUUCACCUGUUCCUGUAGGCCCACCGAAAACUUCCCCAACACCAGCAUCGAGUCCAAAUAAGCCACCAUCCACCUCAAAUCCUCCACCCAGUAAGGCACCUGCACCAUCCACAGCAAAACCUUCACCCACUCAUGCACCUGCUGCACCAUCAGCUACUCCGCCUGCCAUGUCUAUCUCGCCUGUGGGAGGACCUUCACCAACUACUGCCGAUGGCCCUGCUGCAGAUUCUCCAGCUCCAUCCCCUCCAGCAAUGGAUGGUCCUAUAGCAGCAACUCCUGCUGCUGAUGGCCCUUUGGCAGACGUUCCUUCAGACCCCAAAUCUGAUGCAUCUGUCAUUAAUACUGGAAAUAACCUUGCUUUAUUGGCACUGAUUCUGCUCUCGGCAUUUUUUCUGGCCUAG